AUGCCGAAUGGGAACGAAUUCGGGAAGGGGUAUUUCCCGACCGUAUUCGCGGAUCCCGUAUUUGGGCGGGAAAAUUACCGCGGUAUUCCCGUAUAUUACAGUGGCCAAACGGCCCAAACCUCGUAUCUAGCCCAGCGACCCAUUCAGCCCAAGUCCGUUCCUAACUCCCCCACCCCCACAUCCGACAGCCCACGGCCCAACACGACAAACCAGUUAAAAGAUGAAAUUGAAACCCUAGCAGCCACCAGUCCACCACGAGUUGCAGCCCGUCCGUGGUUCGUCGUGAACUGCCACAACGCCUCCCGUCCGCCCGUCUGGCCGUCCCAAGCUUGCCGGUCGCCGCCUGCGACAGCGAGACGAGAUGGAGCAGCAGUCGCCAAUUGCAGGUGGAGAUGGACCUGGACGUGCUUCCGCUUCUGUUGCUGCCUCGUCUGCAUCCAAGCGUCAGCUCCAACUGGAGCCACCACAGCCGGUCGUGGUGCGCAACGUCACCAUUCUUCCUCCAAACCCAACAACAGUGCAACUCCUUCAUCUAGCCCAGCAACAGCAACCGAUGCAUCUUCUUUGCCAAGUGGAGGUGUGAGUGGAGUUGCUGCUGUAGGUUCUGGUUCUAGUGGCCACAAUGUUGAUGCUGCUGCUACUGGUGCUAACCAUCCUGGUGGACAAGAAAGAGCAAAUACUGCAAAUGCCAUCGUUGUUGAAGGUGAUGAGGCGCCAAGUGGAGAUGAAGAUGAACCAGAUGGAAAGAGGCAAAAGAGGUGCACAUCUGGUGUGUGGAAGUACUUUACCAAAAAGAAGCUUGUCACUGAGGAUAAUGGGAAGGUUUAUAUUCAGAAGUGGGCUCAUUGCAAUUAUCCAAAGUGCAAGCACAAGGCCAGAUGUGAGGGAAAUUAUGGGACAACAGAGGGCCAUCAUACUGGUGCCAAGUUGUCAGAGACAUUUACUGAACUCAUGGUUAAGUGGAAUAUUGACAAGAAAUUGUUUGCCCUGACCUUGGACAAUGCAUCAACAAAUGAAGUUGCAGUCAAAGACAUCAUAUCUGAUCUGAGGACUAAUUCUAGUGCUUCAUCUUUGGUAUGUGAUGGCCUAUUCUUUCGUGUGAGGUGUGCUUGUCACAUACUAAAUCUAGUUGCUAGGGAUGGUUUGAGUGUAAUCACACCCACAAUUGAGAAUAUUAGACAUCUUGUUCUUGCUAUUAAAGGAUCUCCCUUGCAAUGGGAAGAACUCAUGAAGCGUGCAACUGAGUGUGGACUGGAUACAAACAAGGGCCUGUCGCUUGAUGUAUCAACAAGAUGGAAUUCAACAUAUUUGAUGCUCCGAGAUGCCUUGUACUAUAAGAAUGCAUUCAUGAGGUUAAAAUCAUCAGAUCGCCGUAGGUAUGAAAACAUUACUCCAUCUCCUAGUGAAUGGGCUAUGGCAUUCAAACUUUUCCAAUGCUUGAAGAAAUUCUUUGAUCUCACUGAACUAUUUUCUAGUACUCUAUACCCCACUGCAAAUAUGUUCUAUAGAGGGUUUUGUGAGAUAAAGAUUAUGCUAGAUGAAUGGUCCCUUAGUCAAGAUAACACUAUUUGUACAAUGGCUACUUCUAUGAGUAUGAAGUUUGAAAAAUAUUGGAAGAAGUCAUCCAUCACACUUGUUGUUGCUUGUUUCCUAGAUCCUAGGUAUAAAAAAAGGCUUAUAGAGUUCUACAUGAGAAAAUUCCAUGGAAAUGCAUCUCAUGUUCAUGUUGAUGAACUUGUUGAUGUCAUCAAGAAACUGUACCAGUUCUAUGUUCAUGAUGCACCCAUGUCUUCGGGGCAUAAAGGCAAAUCAAAUGCACCUAGUGAUAUGGAGAUUGAUACAGCGGACCUUUUAGUGGAUAAUGGAGAUGAGGAACUAGAGAGCUACAUGUAUGAGUCUAGUGGGCCGAAUAGUGCUGAAAUGAAUGAGUUGGAUAAGUAUAUGGCAGAUCCACCUCUCCGGCUUAGUGGUCAGUUUGAUGUCUUGGCAUGGUGGAAGAACCAGACUGAUGAGUAUCCUGCUCUUUCAAGAAUAGCUCAUGAUUUUCUGGUUGUACAAGUCUUUACUGUCGCUUCUGAAUCAGCUUUUAGUGCUGGUGGACGUGUAGUUGAUCCUUUCCGUAACCGCCUUGAACCUGAAAUCGUUGAAGCUUUGAUAUGCUUGAAAGAUUGGAUUGCUGCAGGAAGAAGAGAAAAGAAGGUUGGUUCCAUUGUUUGUGAUCUUGAAGUUAUUGAGGCCCUUGUAAAAAAGUUGACUAUUGAGGACGAUGAUGUUGCGGACAGUGAUGGAGAAAUGGAUGCGCAUGGGUCAGGGUCAGCUGCAAAUGAGCAUGAUUUCUAUGGCAUUUAA